AUGCCGGCAUCGGCAGAGGCAGGCCCAGUUGUUCCGGUACAAGUCCGCUCCAUCAUCAGUAACGCAUCGGCCACAAACUGCAGGUGCUUCGACGGCAGUGCCUAUCAGUAUUGGUACGUGCCCGGUAACGCCAAUGCAACGACCACUGCAAACUUGACGUGGGUACUGUACUUCCAAGGCGGACCCACCUUACAGUCCCUCCGUGAUGUUGACCAUAUUGCGGAUGAGUACUUGAGCGUGCCAGACUUGGAGGACGUGCUGCUUGACGGCGACUUUGGAGACGCAUUGUCCAGCAACGAAGACAUCAACCCACACCUCGCCAGCGCAACCAAAGCCGACAUGCUUGCCCUCAACGAGCAGCCGCCGGAGCGGGUGGUCGUUGUGGCGCGUGGCUUCAAUGGUGCAGGUGCGCUCGCACAUGCGACUGCCUUGGCAAGUGCCCUGAAGCAGCCACCAUGGAAUGGUGCCACCCAACGGCUCUGGCUGGUGCUGGAUGACGUUUGGUACACGGAUCACGACAACAUUUUGCAGGAGAGCCUGCUGUCUGUGGAAGACACCAUCAGCUUCUACAACCCACCCAAUCAAACCACAGCCCCUGUCAACAUGCCUGCGUGGGAGGAAACGUACCGAAAUGAGUUUGCGCGGCUGUGCCGCAACAACACGCUUCUCAGUGACAAUCACGCCAUUCUGCCCUGCUGCCUGGACCCGGCCUGUCUCUUGCAAGAACUUCACGCCGCCACAGACAAGGCGCGUGUGGCGCUGCUCUCCUCCAAAUACAACCCCUACCCCAUGUUCCUGGGCUUGUUGAGGGGCGCAAGUGCCACUCAGGCGUUUGACUACCUGACAGAAUCGCAGCUGUCCACCGUUCAGCAGCUGUCGGACCUCAGCAACUUCUUUGAGGAGCACGCCGGUCUUGUAGUGGAACAGCUCACCCAGGCCACAAACAACGCAAACGUGACCCUGCCACCAAUCAUCACGCUUGCGUCCCCGUGCCUGACGUAUGGCACCACGGCCCAGACGCAGCUUGAUUUUCAGCCCGAUGGCGUGCUGGACCCCUCCCUCCUCUCGAGCAGCGCCGUUGUCAGCUCGUGGAAUGUUGUGUUUCCGGGCACGAACACGUCGACACGAGACACUGUCAUGGACUGGCUUCUCCGACAGGACGCGCCCUCCGCCUUCCUCGCCCCUGCUUGCAAGGGUGUUGCGUGUGACCCAAGCUGCCCCAACAUCAUCGGUAGCGGCUUGACGGCAAGCCCAAGCCAGUGGCUGUCCGUGAUUGACUUUGCCGUCAUCGUGUUUGUCGGCACGCUGCUGGCUGCUGGCGUCAUCACUGGUCAGAUCGCCUGGCUGCGCACGCGCUUCCUCAUGCGGAAGCUGACAAGACUCGAGCUCAUGCCUCUGCUCACGGCCACCCACGCCCAUAAGCGCAACUCCAAGCCGCAUCGCAUGUCGUCCCACGUGCGUCGCGUCUUCCGCAAGCGCCACCUCACCAAGCGAUCAGAGGUCCUGCGCAACCAACUCUUUACGCGGCUGGAGCGGUCGCAGCGCAUCGGCCUUGCAGCAGACGGCCUCAGCUACUGGACUCCCGGCGAAAACAGCAAGCAGAUUCUUCACAACGUCUCCGUCUUUGCCAAUCCCGGCCAAAUCACCGCCAUCAUGGGCCCGUCCGGUUGCGGAAAGACGACGCUCAUGGACGUCUUAAUUGGGCGGCGCAAAGUCGGCAAGAUACGCGGAAAGUGCAUGAUCAACGGCUGCGAACUGCACCACAAGUACGAGGAGCGGACGCUGAAGCAUCGCGUGGCGUAUGUCGAGCAGUUGUGUGGCGCCUAUUUCAACGACAUGACUGUCAGGGAAAACGCAAUGUUCAACGCCAUGCUUCGUCUUCCAUCGUCCAUGCCAACAGAGGAGAAGCUCGUUCGUGCUCUCUCUGCCCUGAAGACAGUCAACCUCCUCCAGUUCGCAGACCAGAUCGUGGACACUGGUUCUGGGGGCCUCAGCGGUGGACAGAAACGCCGCUUGGCCGUUGCAAUGGAGCUCUUGCUUGACCCGGCUGUCCUGGCCAUGGACGAGCCAACAAGCGGUCUUGAUUCCAAUGGCACGUGGGAUUUUAUGAACUGGCUGUGGGACUUUGCGCGGACAGGACGGACAAUUGUUGUUUCCAUCCACCAGCCACGCUCGGAGGUGUUCCACAUGUUCCACCGCGUGAUUCUCAUGAAGAAAGGCCACGUUGCUGCCUUUGACAAGCCACAAAACCUCGUGAACCUUGCAAACGCGUGGCGUGCAAAGGCGGAACGCAAGCGCCUGCCCAAGAUGGCAAGCUUGGCAGAGGGCCUCAAUCCGGCGGACUUUGUGCUGGACCAAGUGAAGCGACCCGACCUCCACCACAUUGUCAUCAGCUCGUUCGACCGCACGCGCACACGUGCUCGUGUUGAACGCAGCAUCCGGCGUGCCGUGAGCAUGCUCAAUGCAGCGCGGGACACCCUUGCGUACCAUCUGGGCGUGUUGCGCCACAGGAAGCACGAACUGAAGCGACUGCUGCACGGCAGCUCUCUGAGCAUGAGCAACAGCAACGAUCAGCAACAGCAGCAACACGGUCGGCAACCACAUGACCAGCAGCAACAUCAGGAUUCACUCGAUGGCGUCAAAGGGCCAAGGCACUCAGACGAUCAGUCUGCAAGUGCUGCAGUCUGUGGUGAUGGCGAUGGCGGAAAUGGCGAUGAUACUGAGGGGUUACACCGUUCACACCAGGACGAGGUCGUGGAACGCGUGGUGGACAGCAGUGAUGUUGCAGACAUUCUCGAUCGAAUCCGCGACAACCUGCAUCGCUCCGAGAAAGACCUGUAUCUGCCAAACGGGGAGGACAUACUCACCACGGCGCAUGCACCGCUGCGUGUGCUGUUGCUCACGGGCCGCUUCCUGAAACGCCUGCCGUCGUCUUUCUUCGUGGUGAUGGCGCUGAAGGUCCUGGCGAACGCACUUGGCUACUCGUGGCUGUACAGCAACGCGCAGGCUGCAUACGUGGUGCUGUCAUGUAACUUCUCUCUCAUGUUUGGAUUUCCCUUCCUCCUCGCCAACUCGUUUGGGUCUCGCAUCAUGACGUACCUCGAAGCAUUUCGCCUCGAGGCCCAGAUCGGCGUCGUCAACGCGUUUGAGGUGAUUCUCGGCAUGUUCAUUGCAAUGAGUGCCAGCGUGCUGCCCCUCUGUCUUGCGCUGUACACCGUUGUGUACGGCAUUGUCUACUGGGACGCCUUUGAGCUUGAGCGUGUGCUGGGGACUUCCCUCAUCCAGCUCCUCAACGUGCAGGUGCUCAACGCACUAUUCCUUGCGCUGUGCGGUCUGUGCCACCGCAACAGCCUGAGCGCGCGCCAUGCCCUUGCUUACUUCACCUCCAUCGUGGGCGUGUUUGCUGCGCUGAGCGGGUUCCUUGUCUCCCCCGGCGACGCCACAGAUCCGCAGCUGGUUCUCUACCACACGUCUCCGCUCUACUUUGUGUUCAGCGCAGCAGCCAAGAUGGGGCUCAACGGCCUGAGCCUGGUGUCGUGCCAGGAAGAGGCUGGGGUGCUGGCCAGCUUCGUGUGCGAGGCGCAGUCGCCGUCGGGUGUGCUGUCGCUCCGAGGAUACGACACGGUCAGUGUUGGCCUGAUGCUGCUGGCGCUGCUUGGAUGGAACAUCUUGCUGCUGAUUGUGGCAGCCAUGGCCAUCAGUGAAUCCCCACUGCCUGCUCUGCGACUGUCACGCGAUCACCCGUCUGUGUGGCGGAAAAUGAGCAAACAGCGCAUCGAGCAGCACGGCCAGCGCUACCUCAUCAGCUUCAUUGCGUCGUCCGGCAAUGGCAAUGCGAAUAACCCACCGGCAACCACAUCAACAUCGUCGUUAUCGUCAACAACAACAACAGCGCCAUCGCCGCCAAGAGCUACAAGCAGUUUCAAGUCUUCCGCGCCCACGUCUGCAGAGCAUCGCCCAUCGCUCCCCGUGGUAGACGAGGACGAUGCAGGCCACGUGUUUGUGCUGCCCGCGGUGAAGCGGCUGACGCGCCCAAGGGGCUUCUUCUCACACUCCACCCAGUCCUCCAUUCGCUUCAAGCAUCACCCGCAGCGUCACCACCAUCACCACCAUCACCACCACCAGCAUGCAAGCCGCCGGUCCACGAUGAUGAGUGACGACCUGGUGUCCGUGCACCACAGACCCUCGAUGCUGCUGCCUGUUGCCGAGGUGGCGGAGGAGGGUGAGGAGGAGGCGAAGGAGGAGGAGCAGCCGGGUGCUAUGCAGCACGCCAGACAGGGCGAGCGCGAAGGGCUGAUAUUGGAUGGCGGUGUCAUGCCUGAUGAUACCGCGGCCCGCACAUACCCAAAGUGGAGCAGCGUCGGCAGCAACGGCAGCAGCGUUGGCGGCUUUGACACUGGAGGCACAGCCACGCCCAGCCUGGCGCACGCGGACGGCACAACCCAGCUGGCAGCCACGCAAUCCCACCGCAACCCGCGCCCGUCCAUUGCCGCGCCAGCAGCGGCAGCCGGGAUGAUGCAGGCGCGUGCAAUGGGCAGCCUGUCGUCGAUCGGAGCCGAGCUGCGCGGCCUGGCUACUCACGACGCCGGGUGGGAGGAUGUGCGACGGGCAAGUGUGCUGGAUCUGAUGGACCUGCCAAGCUCGGACGAUGAAGACGACGAUGACGAUGAGCAAGACCUGCAGACGGCGCAGAACGAGAUGCUGAUGGCCAUCUCGGGCGUGCUCGGGCAGCACUCCACGCGCGCCGUGCACUCGUGGCUCACGCAGCGAGAGAAGAACACGUCGGCGUUGCUGGAGAUGCUGGCAAACCCGCGGAACCGCUGGCAGCGGGCCGUGUACCAGCUGCUCAAGAAGGGCGCGCUGCAAGCGGGCGCACCACAACAACAAGAAGCAGAAGAAGAGGCGCAGCUACACCAGGCGCACCGUCAACAACAGCAAGAGCAGUGGCAACACGAGACACCAGCAGCGAGUGUGCCUGGUGUGCCGCCUCAGGACAGCGGCGUCUGCGGUGUGGAUGAUGUGCCCGCGCACCCCCGUGCAUCAAAGAGAGUCGUGGACUUCUCGCUGCCCGCAACACACAGCAUUGGCUCGUAUGAUGAGAAUGAUCGUGGAGACGGGCACAAGGCAGCCCACGCUGAUAAAAACGACAACAGUGACAACAAGGAAGACGAAGGUGGCAGCGGUGUUCGACAAACGAGUGUGUCGGCCGUCCGCGGUCCAAUGCGGAGGAGGAGGGCGCGGAUGUAUGGCCGUCGUGCCACGCAAGUGUGA